AACUCCGCUCCAGAGGGAGGAGAGACAGAAGGGACUAGACUAGGGAGGAAUGAAACGAGCACAGGACCAAUGAAGACUGGCAAUUAUUGGCGAAAAAUUUAACUUCUGUGGGAUCCGCUACUUUUUAAUUGAUUUACUUACUUUUUUAUUUUUUAUUUAAUUUUUUUCAAUAGAACGAUUUUUUAAAAUAUAAAUUCACACAUUUAGUAUGGCGUGUUAUUUUGUAUUUAAUAUUUUUGUCUUGAUUCACCACACUUACAAACAAACAAGCGGCUCUUUUCUUGCUUAUUUUCUAAGCAUGAAUCGGCCAACAACUACAUUGUCCAAAAUGCAUAGCGGUCAUUUUACGCCAUCCUCAGCGACAUUUACAAUCACUUUUUGUUGUGCCGUAAAGUACUUUAUUUUUAUCCAGCGCUUGUCACUUGUAGUGGAAACGUUAUGUUCAACAAAAAGCCUCGGCGAAACUUUCGGCAGAGAAAAGGGGGUUCCAGUGAUGAAGAGGAACAAGACAUGGCCGUUGGAGAUGAAAAUGAUAAUGAGAAAAGUUCUGUUGUGGUAAAUAGGCCACAGAAACUACCACAAAACCGCGGCAUCUCCUGCAGCUCCAAACGGGAAGCGCCCCCUUCAAAAUCGGACAGUAGUGAUGAUGAUGAGGAAGAGGAGGGAGACGGAAAGGAGCUCACAACAAAAACACAGAACGAUGCAGGCAAAAACAAAACAAACACAGUUCUCAGUUUUUCUGAGGAAGGUGGAGAUGUGGAUUUUAAGUUGAAUAAAUCAAAAGACAGAGCAGUGCUGUUUCAACGCAGGAAGAAGGAGACGACAGCCAAGACACAAAAGACACCAAAACCUUCUAAGUCUCUCACAGCAACCAGCACACCCGUUUUACAGAAGGAAGAUUCUGGCGAUGACUCUUCUUCAAACCAUGACAGUGAUGAUAAUAAUGGGAACACAGUGUCGGACAGUGGCAGCAAUACAGAUGAUAAAAGUGAUGUUCACAUGAAACCUGGUUCAUGUUCUCCACAAUCUAGUUCUGGAUCCAGCCACAGAUCUGGCCCUAAACAAGUAAUUAUUCCUACUGCCAAAGAAAUUGAAGCAGCGAAGAAUCUGCGACGAGCCAAUUUGGUUAAAAAAGAAUAUAUUCCCCUGGACAAAGAUGGUCAUAGUUCAGCUGCUAGCACCCCUGAGCAGUUUAGCACCAAGGACGAAGAUGAACAAGUAGAAAAUGACAGUGAUGAGCUUGACGAUCAUGAGAGAAGAAUUGAGUUUGCGCCUCAGCCUAAAAGCAUCAGAGACAGAAUAGCAGAACAAAUGGGAGAUAGUGAUGACAGUUUAUCCAGGACUGACGAGGAGCAGGAGCUAUGGGAGGAAAUGCAAAUUGGAAAAGGUUUAAAAAGACGACCAGGAGAACAAAGCCCAUCUGAGAGUGAAUCAAGUAGCUACAGCAGCAGCAGACCGGAACGGCAAAGGCAGAAGAAUAAAAUCCCUGCUCUUCCUGAUGUCUCAAUCGCAGUGAUUAAGAAGAGAAUCACAGUGAAAGUCGAGUCUUUGAAAGAAGUGCACAGGGCUCGUGAGGCUGAGUUUCGGCGAAUGGAAGGAGAUAUUGAAAAUGCAAGGUGCUCUGCUGAAAAUCUAGAAGAGAGUUCAUUGGAGCUUGAGCUAAAGUUUUAUAGAGACAUGACUCUGUAUACCCAUAAUCUUGUGGAAUGCCUGCGUGAAAAAAUCGUUGAGAUCAACUCAUUGGAGUUGGAGCUGCACACGUUGCUGUCCGACCAACUGAACUCAUUGUCAUCUCGGAGACGACAGAACGUCAAAGACCAAGCAGAACAUCUACUACAACUGAGCUAUAAAACCAAUGAACAAACUGCUAAUGGAAAAGCAAUUCUUGGUGACACAGCUCUUACUGUAAAGAUUGAGGAAGAUUUUGAUGUACCUGAAGACACAAUGCCUUUCCCUGAAGAAGAGGAGGAGUGUCAUAAACAAAUGGAGGAUAUUCUGUUGCGGUCCAAGGCUGUUUUUUCUGAUGUAAAAGAUGAUUUCUAUGAAGUGAAAAAGAUUCUGUCCCGGUUUGAGGAAUGGAGACGAUGUUACUCAGACUCGUACCAUAACGCUUAUAUCUCUCUGUGCCUACCUAAGUUACUGCACUCCAUUAUAAGGCAUCAGCUCCUGUCCUGGAAUCCUUUAAAGGAUACGAGUGAGAGCUUUGAAAACAUGCCGUGGUUCACUGCCUUGGAGACUUUCUGUCAUGGACACGGUCAUGAAGAGCUGGAGCACACAGACCGACAGACUGUGACAAGUGUUAUAGAGAAAACAUUAUUUCCAAAACUAACAGCUUAUGUUGAGAUGAUUUGGGAUCCUAUGUCGCUGCAUCAAACUGGUUGUCUGGCUGAUUUGUGUCAUAGACUGAAGGAAGACUAUUCCAUCUUUCAAGGAGAGCGAAGUAAACCAGUUAAGGCAUUCCUAGAUGCUGUGGCCAGUCGUUUGAGAGCCUGUGUUGAUGAAGACAUCUUUAUUCCAAUCUAUCCCAAAAGGUUCUUGGAGGAUUUGUCUUCUCCACAGUGUCAUUUCAGGGAGCAGCAAUUCUGGACAGCUAUAAAACUUCUUUGCAUCAUGGGAAAGUGGGAUUUGUUGCUUCCCGAAUUUGUAUUGAAGGAACUGAUGUUGGAUAAACUUCUCAGUCGGUACAUUAUCAUCGCUUUAGUCAACUCUACAGGAACCAGACUUAAAGCGUGCAAAAAGAUUGCAGAAAGUUUGCCAUCCUCUUGGUGCACAGGAGAAAGUACUUGUUUACCUCAGCUUCAGUCUUUCAGAAACUAUUUGGUUCAGACGGUUCAUUCCGUAUGUAAACAACAAUCUCCAAAGGAACCGAGUACAAAAUCUGCUGUGACUGAAAUUCUGAAGAUUUUAAGUCGUGUUAGAUGCUAUGACUCUAUAAUGACAAUAGCAGAGAAAUAUCACUAUGAGGAUGCCAUCUAUACUCAUCAGCUGAUUAAUCAGGAUGCAGUUUGAAUGUUGACUCAAAACAACCGGUACAUAAUCACGAACAGCAAUAUUGGCCCAUUGAUUAUUGAAUAUUUUAUCCAAUUGUUUGUGUACUGUGUAAAAGAUCCGUUAUUUUGUAUACUACUAUUUUAACAUGCAUAACUGUAUUUGAUUAUUUUUGUGUUAAUGUUAAUAAAUAUAUUUUUAAUGAUUCCUGAAA